AGAUAUUUCUAUGUCUACCAUCCUGCUCUUCUCUUGCCAUUGAUUCUUCAUACACACUUCUCAACAAUCGUUAUCAUGGAAGGCCUCAAGAACAAGUUCGCAGAAUGUAAGGGAGAGGGAAGACCCGCGCUGGUGACUUAUGUUACGGCGGGAUAUCCUACGCCCGAGGAGACGGUGGAUGUUAUGCUGGGAAUGGAGGCAGGUGGCUCAGAUGUAAUUGAACUUGGUAUCCCCUUCACAGACCCAAUCGCAGAUGGUGUCACAAUCCAAAAAGCCAACACACAAGCCCUGAAAAAUGGAGUAUCGGUCACUUCAGUCCUACAAAUGGUCCGCGACGCACGAAAGAAAGGGUUGACAGUACCGGUUCUGUUCAUGGGAUAUUACAACCCGAUGUUGAGCUACGGAGAAGAAAGGCUACUGAAGGACUGCAGAGAAGCAGGUGUCAACGGCUUCAUCAUCGUUGAUCUGCCGCCCGAGGAGGCUGUUACAUUCAGGAAUUACUGCACGAGAGGAGGACUUUCAUACGUCCCUCUGAUCGCCCCCGCUACCUCUGAAUCACGAAUGAAGCUUCUAUGCAAGCUUGCCGACUCCUUCAUAUAUGUUGUCUCGCGGAUGGGUGUCACUGGCGCAACUGGUUCACUGAGUACAGGCCUUCCUGACCUUCUGAAACGAGUCAAGGAUUAUUCUGGAAAUGUACCAGCUGCUGUCGGAUUCGGUGUCAGCACAAGAGAACAUUUCCUCAGUGUUGCCGAAAUCGCAGAUGGUGUCGUCAUCGGUAGUCAGAUCAUUAUUACUUUGGCAGAGUCGAAACCUGGAGAGGGAGCGAAGAAUGUUGAAGAAUAUUGUGCUAAGGUCGGUGGACGGAGAAAGGCUCCGAACGGAAGCCUCACAAGAGAAGUUGGGAUUGUCGAGGCUGUCAAUGGAGCGAAGGAGCCAAGUGGAGAUAAUGUCCACGUUGAUGCUAUCAUCAAGGAGUCAAGUGGACCGAACCUGGUUGAUCAGAUUGAAGCUCUGAAUGCAGAUGGACCAGUUGAUCCUGCAUCCAUUCAACAAAGAUUUGGAGAGUUCGGUGGGCAGUAUGUCCCAGAGUCGCUGAUGGACUGCCUGUCUGAGCUAGAAGAGGGUUUCAACAAGAUCAAGGAUGAUCCAUCAUUCUGGGAGGAGUACAGGUCAUAUUAUCCUUGGAUGGGACGGCCAGGUCAUCUACAUAUGGCCGAAAGACUUACCGAGCAUGCUGGUGGUGCCAAUAUCUGGUUGAAGAGAGAAGAUCUCAACCACACUGGAAGUCACAAGAUUAACAAUGCGCUUGGACAAAUUCUUUUGGCAAGACGGCUGGGUAAGACUGAGAUUAUUUGUGAGACGGGUGCUGGACAACACGGUGUAGCAACCGCAACAGUCUGUGCCAAGUUCAACAUGAAGUGUACAGUCUAUAUGGGAGCCGAAGAUGUAAGACGUCAAGCUUUGAACGUUUUCCGAAUCAAGCUUCUCGGCGCCCAAGUCGUCGCUGUCGAGGCUGGAUCCCGCACCCUGCGUGAUGCAGUCAACGAAGCUAUGCGUGCAUGGGUUGUCAAGCUUGACACCACCCACUACAUUCUUGGUUCAGCCAUCGGUCCCCAUCCCUUCCCAACCAUUGUCCGCACUUUCCAAUCAGUUAUUGGCAACGAGACCAAAGCCCAAAUGCAAGAAAAGCGUGGCAAACUCCCAGACGCAGUCAUCGCCUGUGUAGGAGGUGGCUCCAACGCCGUGGGAAUGUUCUACCCCUUCUCUAAUGACCCAUCUGUAAAGCUGCUUGGUGUUGAAGCUGGUGGAGACGGUAUCGAUACCGACCGUCAUAGCGCCACUCUCAGCGGAGGUUCCAUCGGCGUUCUGCACGGUGUUCGCACGUACGUCCUACAAGACAAGAAUGGCCAGAUCUCAGACACUCACUCCGUGUCUGCUGGUCUCGAUUACCCCGGCGUAGGACCCGAACUUGCAUCUUGGAAAGAUAACGAGCGCGCCAAGUUCAUUGCUGCAACUGACGCCGAGGCCUUCAUUGGCUUCCGUCUCAUUUCCCAACUUGAGGGUAUCAUCCCUGCUUUGGAGACCGCACAUGCAAUCUAUGCUGCUAUUGAGCUAGCGAAGACAAUGGAGAAGGGUCAGGAUAUUGUUAUUUGUUUGAGUGGACGUGGUGAUAAAGAUGUGCAGAGUGUGGCUGAUGAGUUGCCAACUCUUGGGCCGAAGAUUGGGUGGGAUUUGAGAUUUUAGUCUUGUUUGAUGCUGGAUGGAAUGGGAUUACUGGGUUUGGUAGGAUUGAUAUGCUGUAUAUGACUUGCGUAGAGGAAUCAUAAAAGCGUCUGCUUCGAUCAUCCACUGUCUAUCUCUUCUCUGGUAUUUUUGACACAGCCUUUAUGAGUAGGAAACUGUGAAUGUCGUUUUUGACCUCGGCUUUACGUCAAAAUCUGCUGUACCUCAGUAGUAAGUUACCUGUGCAUCAUCGUCACGCUUGGUCAUUUGAAUAUCAAAAUACAUUAUCAUUGCCACCAGUACUCUGCUCUCUG